AUGGGAAAUAUAUCAUCAAAAAAACGAAAUUUGACAAAAUCUGGAAAAUUAUCAAAGAAUUUUUCAAACAUUGACAAUAAAUUAUUGUUCAAUGAUGAUGAAGAAAUUGAUCGAGUUCAAGUAGAACAUCAUAUGUAUCGUUCAAUUUGGAAAGCAAAUUUUUUAGCGCCUGUUAAAGAAAUAUUAGCAAAUGGUGGAGCAAAUGUUUUAGAUUAUGGAUGUGGACCAGGAACUUGGAUAUGUGACAUGAGUUCGGAUUUUCCAAAAUCAUUUUUUACUGGGGUAGAACUUGUUCACUUGUUUCCGAAUAUACAUCCAUCUAAUGUACAAUUUAUUCAAUGUAAUUUAAAUAAUGGAUUACCAUUUGAAGAUAAUUUAUUUGAUUUCAUACACAUAAGGCUAAAAUUUCUUAAUUACACUGAACAACAAUGGCAAAAUUUGGUAUUCAAAGAGUUAGUGCGAGUUUUGAAACCUGGUGGAUGGAUAGAGGGUCUUGAUCCAUAUUUAGUUUUUCAUUUACCAGAAAUUCUAGCUUCUAAUAAAGAUAUCGAUUCUACCACGAUAAACCAUGUGACAAAACUUGUUCCAAUAGGUUCAUGGGGUGGUAAAAUUGGUGAAAUGGUGGAGGAAAAUAUUAGUGAAUUAAAGAAAAGAAUUGAUAUUGUAUUGUCUUGCGCAACUAAACAAGAUGGCGAAUUAUAUAGUGAUAGUCAUAAAGAAUUUGGAGUUUAUAAAGCUUCAUUUAGGUUACAUAGGUUUUAUGCCAUGAAGAGAAUUGUAUAA